UGCCGGCAAUCUCCAGUGAGAGAGUACUUGGGACGAGGAGAAACAGCCGACGCCUCCGUGCCAUCAGACUAUUUCCCGCUGUACACGACGCGCAACGAAGUGGAAUCACCACGAGAGGAAAUUGCACGACGGUGGGAACCGACAAAAUUCGACAUUGACUAAAAGAUUGGCAAGGGAUUGCUUGUUCCUCUCGGAAAGGCCUCCGAGAUAUGCGCCCUUUUUCCCAAUCCCCAGGCCUUGCUUUUCCCUCUCCGAGUCCAUGGCACCCAAGCAGAGCAACAGGGCAAAGGCCAGCCAAGCGGAUGCAGAAGAUCACAUCUCACCUCACGCCUUGCUGCAAACUCCCCAAGCUCCUGCCACACCGCGGGGAUCGCCAUCUGGUUGGCAAGCGGCGAGCUUGCGACUCACAGCUAGACCCAAUCAUCUGUCGGUGGCAGGUUGCAUCCUGCAGCCCAAAUGCACAAGGUCCGGCGCUUACACGCCGUCACACCCCUGCCUGCUGCCUCCCCUUCCCACCAGUCACGGUCGAGAUACCAUCUGCCACCAAGGUGAUGCGGCAUCUCAUUGGCCUUGAGUGGCCCCCAAAAUACCCCGCGCAAAGACUACGACCCCUGUCCACUUCCAUUCCGCAGCGCCUCGCCCGGCGCUCUCGCCCGCCAUUGGUGCGCCGUCCCAUGCGCGGCGAGAGUAGCACCAGGGGAGGGGAGUUGGACGGUAGAGCAGUCGCCCACUUUCCACUUUACAGGAACUAGCCUGCUGCAGACCAUCGGCUUUGUUUGCUCUGUGGCCACUGGCCACAUUCGGGGAGGGAAUGAGAGAUUUGGGAACGGGGUCGACAGGCGGGCGGCUGGGCGUUGACAGUUGAAUCCCCAUCCGCCCAUGCCUAUGCAAGUUGA